AUGAAGAGCACCCGCAGCAGCUCCUCCUUCCAGGGCGCCGGUUCUGGCGGCGUGGAUCUGAGCCUGACAGGCCUCCCCGCGCCGGGCUUGCGGCGCCCCAGCAGCGCCUCUCCCGCCAAGCACAUGGCGCGCUCUGUCUCGGUCACCGCCGAUGGCAAACCGAAGAGGAACGCUCUGGAAGAUGCGGGAUCCCGGGCAAUGAACAACCUCCGGAGAUCCAACAGCACCACCCAGGUUAACCAGCGAGUGAACAGCACACGCAGCUCUGAGCAGCCGGGAGACUUCCUGACCUUCUUUGAGAGCAGUUCUGGGGGAAGAAAGAAACUGGCGAGUCUGAGCAAAACCUCCCCGGAAAAGAAAACCACGUGGAACAUUUUGGACGAUCAGCCGCGAGUGUUCCCGGGCCCCUCCGGCUCCCGCGGCGUUGUGCCGCCAGCAGGCAUGAGGAGGAAAGAAGCCACCGUGCUCCUGGCGGCCAACUUCACCGCCAACAACAGGAGCAACAAGGGCGCGAUGGGCAACUGUGUCACCACCAUGGUGCACAACAACUACUCCACCACUGAGAAGGGUUCUGCACCCAAAAGCUCCAACCAGGCACCCAGUUCCCUCAACAACGUUGUCAAAGCCACCUCAAACGAGGACGGUGAAAGCAGCAGCUUCAUGAAGUCUCAGAAGAAUUUCUCCAGCAACAACAUCAUGACCUGCAACAACAACAGCAGCCUGCCCCGGAGGAAGGAGGUGACUGAGGAGGAGGCGGAGAGGUGAGGUGGAGCCUGGUGCAUGAUGGCUGGUGGGAAGAGGCAGGAGGAUGCUGCGGCUCUGGGGCGCUUGCUGGCUUCCCAAAGGGAGGAAAGGCAGCAGCGGAUGGAGGAAGGGAAUAUCCUGGAUUUGCAGGAGAGGAAGGAUGAGGAACGCCGGAGGAUCCGAGAGGAGAAGGCGCGCCUGGCCCGACGCGCUGCCAUCCAGGAACUGCACCAGAAAAGGGCCCAAAAGGCUUCGGACGCAAAGCGCUUGGCAGAAGAAGAGCUUGCGCUGGUGAAGGAGAGUAGAAGGGUAGCAAAGAAGAAGCCUGCCAAACCUGCUUCUGCAAGGAACGUCAGCCCAGCCAGCAGCGUCACCAAAGCCAAUAAUGCUGGUGAGUCCCUUCCGCAGGUCUCCGCUGCUUUUGGAGCAGCGUGUGAUGUGAGCGGGGAGGAGGAGGAUGGAGGGGUGGUUCUCGAUCUGGGGAGCUGUCAAAGGGGCUGGUUGUUGCAAGUUCCUGAGAACAGUCUGGUUCCUCCAGAGGCCAGUUUCCACUCAGUAGCUGCAGAGCCAGAAGAAAGCGGCCUCUCAGACCUCGGCUCCGCGCCCUCGCGGGACCCUGGGGCAGAGGACAAGCUGCAGGAUGUGAGCUCCAGAGAGACGGGCGGCGAGGAUCUGGAGACGGUGGUGACUGCUGUCAGCAGGGCUCAGUCCAAGGUCACGCUCAAUGAGCUGCUGGACACGCUCAGGCUGUUGGAGGAAGAGCCAGAGCUGCUGCCCCCGCCAAAGGUCUUCAAGAAGGACAGAUAUGCCUGGAUAGAUGGGGAGCCCGGCUCCAAUUCCCUGACCGCUGAUAACUUGGAGAAGUUUGGGAAGCUGAACCACUCCCCGGGGGUCCCUGAGGAUGGGGCGCUGCUCUCGGAGGCCAAGCUCCAAAGCAUCAUCAGUUUCCUGGAUGAGAUGGAGAAGUCUGAACAGGAGAGGCCCAGGUCGGCCGCCUCGGCCACGCAGCGGGAGGGUCUUCUCUCGGAGGAGGAGCUGGCUCAUUUGGAGCAGGCCUCGGCUGUUGCCACGGAGGUCACGAGCUCCAUCAUGAGGCUGAAGCUGGAAGUGGAGGAGAAGAAGCGAGCCAUCAGCCUGCUGCAGACAGCCCUGGCUCAGCAGAGGGAACUGACUGUCCGGCAUGUCAAACAGACCGAGAAGGAGCUUGGCCACCAGCUCAGGCUGCAGAGGGAACAGUAUGAGGCAGCUAUCCAAAGGCAUCUGGCCUUCAUCGACCAGCUCAUUGAUGACAAGAAGGUGCUGAGUGAGAAGUGUGAGGCUGUGGUGGCUGAGCUGAAACAAGUGGACCAGAAGUACGGCAAGAAGAUCACGCAGAUGCAGGAGCAGCACGAGCUGGAGAUUAAGAAACUGAAGGAACUGAUGAGUGCAGCUGAGAAAAUCAGGCGGGAGAAGUGGAUUGAUGAGAAAACCAAAAAGAUCAAAGAAAUCACCGUGAAAGGGCUGGAGCCGGAGAUCCAGAAGCUCAUCUCCAAGCACAGGCAGGACAUCAGGAAGCUGAAGAUGCUGCACGAGGCCGAGCUGCUGCAGUCGGACGAGCGGGCUGCCCAGCGCUAUGGACAGCUCGGGGAGGAGCUCCUCAGCAGAGCGGAGGCGGAGGAGCUGCGGCGGCAGCUGGAGGGAAGCAGGGCACUGAAGGAGGAGUACGCAAAGGAGAAGGAGGAGCAGGAGAGGCGGCAUCAGGCAGAAGUGAAGGUGCUGAAGGACCGGCUGGAGGUAGAGAAGCAGGCCUGGGAGGCGAACUACGUGAAGAAGGAGGAAGCCUGGCUGCUCUCCCGGGAGCGGGAGCUACGGGAGGAGGUGAGGAAGGAGAGAGACAAAGAGAUCGAGAUGGUGAUCCAGCGCCUGGAGGCCGACAUGUCCUCAGCCAAGGAGGAGUGCGAGAGGGCAGCAGAGAACAGGAUUAAGAGGAUCCGAGACAAGUACGAGGUAGAGCUCCAGGAGCUGGAGAGGUCUGAGCGGAAGCUGCAGGAGCGCUGCAACGAGCUGAAGGGGCGGCUGGCAGAGCUGGAAGGGGAGAGCAUUCGUCUGCAGGGCCUGCUGAAGCACAAGGAGCAGGAGGCGGAGGAGAUCCGGAAGAUGAGGGACCAGCUGGCCCAGGAGCGGAGCAGCCUGGCAGAAGUGAUCCGGCAGGAGUUUGCUGACAGGCUGGUGCGGACAGAGGAGGAGAACAAGCGGCUAAAGGCAGAGAUGGUGGAGAUGAGAGCCCGGCAGCGCCUGGAGCUGGACAGGGUAGUGCGGGAGAAGGACAAAGAGCUGGAGGAGGUUCACAGGAG